AUGGACUCCUCAUCUCCUGACAAGUCGGUGGCUUGCGGUGAUGGAGACCUGGUGGAGUCGGCUUCGGGUGAAGACUUGCAAAAGACCUCUGUGGACCCCAUCAGUGAGAAAGACGUGCUCACGCCGCAACAAGCCAAGAAACUCAGGUUUGCAACCAGUCUCAAUGUCGGCCUGCAACUCCAGGCGUUUUGUGCAAGUCAUAUCAUCUGCCGAGAUGUGAUUUCGUCGGGAGCGGUUGGAAUCCAGAAAUGGCUGGCUCCCAGACGAUAUGAAUGGUCCAUUGCGUGUUUGUAUUUCCCCUAUGCCGUGCUUCCUCUCGUGUUUGUGUUUCUGUUCAAGCGGUGCAAUCCCCGAAUCUUUCUGGGCUCAGAGAUGUUUCUGUGGGGGCUCAACUGUCUGUUGUUUGCCUUUGUCCACAACUAUGGCGGCAUGAUCAUGGCGAGACUCUUUCUGGGUCUGCUGCUCAACUUUGGCGUCCCCGCCAUGCUCUACGUGGUUUACGAGAACCACGGCAGAUAUAAUGGGCAGUUCAUUCUGGCGUGUGCCUGGGGAGUGUCGUGGUUUUUGGUCCCGUGUUUCGCCAUGAUUGCCAUUGCUCUGGGGCUCAUUCACGACGGAAAGGCCGGCUGGCAAUGGAUGUUCAUCAUCACCGGAACCGCGGGAUGUCUGCAGUCCUCCCUGGUGUUCCUGACACUGCCCGAGUACUUUUACAGCUCGAGGUGGAUUCGAAAGAACGGACUGGCGGCUUACCAAUACUUCAAGGCGUACACCGAGGCAGAUUACGCCAACGGCAACCCCGUGGAACCCACAGAGACGCUGGUGGAGGGACUGGUGAUGACAGUCAAAGACCCGCUGGUGUGGGGCUGCGGUAUCCUGGGCAUGUUCACCAUGUACGGGAUCGGGUCGUGCUACAGCCAGUUCAUGACCUACACCUUUGGCUAUCUCAAGUACUCGCCCGCCGAGGGACAGCUGAUAGUGUGGCCGGUCAUGUUCAUGUGCAUGGUGUGGUGUCUGUUACAGGCGUGGUUCAGCGGCAAGUGGAAAGUCAACUACUACUUUCUGCUUUCCAACUAUGUGUUUGCCAUCAUUGGAUGGGCCCUAGUGGUCUGCCAGCCGUCGGAUCACAAUCUGUGGAUCAUGUAUGGAGGCGCGUGGUUUGUGUUGCCCAACAUGGUGUCUGCUUUUGUGACCAAUGCCUGCUGGCUGGGCAGCAACGUUCAGGGUCGAAACCGCCGGCUGAUGAGCUUCACCGUGUUUGCCAUGAUCGUCAACUGGUUUGGCGUUCUCGAGUUUCGAACGCACACCCACAGGGAGAUUCCUGUGUUUCACCGGGCUGGGUGGAUCGAUAUGGGGUUCAUGAUUGGCGCGUGUUUUCUGAGCACUGCUGUUUUUCUGUGGUUGCGGCGGCUCAAUCGGAACGGUGGUGGUCGAAAUGGGUUUGAGUAUUUGUUGUGA